AUGCAAGUUCUUAGUCACAUUUCUUUUGUUGUAGUAUUUUAUUCUCUGCUCCUAAACCCUAGCCAUUGUCUCAAUCUCAAAUUGUUUAAUGAUUCCAAAAUUCGAAACGGUGAUCAAUGGCAAAUAGCAGCAGCAACAUGGUACGGAGAACCAGAGGGUGGUGGAUCCGAUGGAGGUGCUUGUGGAUAUUCUGACAGUGUGGAGAAACCUCCACUCUCUAAAAUGGUGUCAGCAGGAGGUUCUUCUCUUUUUAAAGGAGGCAAAGGAUGUGGAGCUUGUUAUAAGGUGAAAUGCAGAGAAAACUCGGCUUGUUCAGGAAAUCCAGUGAGCGUGAUGAUAACUGAUGAAUGCCCUAGCUGUUUCUUAGGACCAGUCCAUUUUGAUCUGAGUGGUACUGCGUUUGGUUCCAUGGCAACUUCAGGGAAAGCAACUAAUCUUCGCAAUGUUGGACAACUUAACAUUCUCUACAAAAGGGUUGCAUGCUCCUUUGGGAACUCCAUAGCCUUUUCAAUCGACAAUGGGGCCAACCCUUACUAUUUUGCGACAGAAAUAGAAUACGAAAAUGGAGAUGGUGACCUUGUGGACAUUCAGUUGAAGCAAGCUAAUUCUGACAAGUGGCUUCCAAUGCAACGUUCAUGGGGUUCAAGGUGGGCUUUGAACUUAGGUUCAUGGAUGCAACCACCAUUCUCCAUUAAGCUCACGGAAGAUGCCAAGAACAGUAGGAAAACCAUUGUGGCUUAUAAUGUAAUCCCACGUGACUGGAAACCUGGUCAAGUUUAUCGAUCUGUUGUUAAUUUUUAG